CUGCAUUUCACCGCACCCCCCUCCUUUUGCCUGGGAAAGAGUCCAAUGUUGGGGGGUCACUGUGGCUGGAAAGGAUCAGGGAGAAACCCUUUUUGCUAGACAGAACCUUCCGAAAUAAUUGCCUGCCUGGAGCGUAUACAAGCUGGCAGAGUUGCUUCAUUGAUUCUGUAGGGCUCAGAAGCUGUCUCCCCCACAGGCAGUGUCUGCCUUGAGAAUGAGGGCUGAACAGGGGGACCCUUUGGCCCUGGGCCUGCAGCCGGAGGCAGCCCUGGAACGCGAAGUGCAAACGGAAGAGCAAAACGUGGUGGCGGGGAAAGGCCCACCUGCCACCCAGGCAGGGGGUAGUGUGGGAGGCUGGGGGAAACCUGGGGAAGCUUUCUCAAAGGAGGACCUUGUCCAUUUAAAUGAACAAGAACACCAGAUGCCAAAUCUGGAGUGGCCCACGAAGGAGAACGUCCCAGAGCAGUUCUGGACCCGGGAGAACUCGGUUAGGGAGAGCAGCUCCAAGAUCUGUCGUGUGGCCGAAGGUUUCCGACAGAGGCAACAGGAAGAAGAAGAGGCAGAGGAGCUGGGGCCAGUGACCUUUGAGGAGGUGGCUGUACGGUUUACGGAGGGAGAGUGGGGUCUGCUGGAUCCAGGCCAAAGAGCUCUGUACCGAGAAGUCAUGGUGGAGAACUAUGGGAAUGUGGCCUCUCUGGAAGGCCCUCUGGUGGCCAAACCUGACCUCAUAUCUUGGCUGGAAGAAAAAGAAGAGAGAUGUGACCAUAAUUCUGAAGGGGAGAGACCAGCAGGCUGCGUUCCAGUCGGUGGUGUGUGGGACGGGGAAAGUGUCAGAGAACCCCUUGAGCUAUCGUCAGACAGAAGUGGAAGCAAAGAGGCGGAGGAGAAGAUGGGGAAUCAAAGUGAGACAGUGAUGCAGGAGGAGAACCAGAUGGCAGAGAUGUGGAGGAAGAAAUCAAAUGAUGAUGAGAUGGUGACAGUGACUGCGGAAGAGAAUUUUCAACAGGAAAAUCUCAUGCUGGAAGAAUCACUUGAGGCUUUACCAGGAGGAUCCCAAGAGAGAGUUUCUUUCCCAACCAAAGCUACUGAGAAUGAUGAUGGGGAGAGUGAGAGUGAAUGGGAGCCAGGGGACAUGUUGUCCGAAGAAACCGAGGAUGAAGAUGCAGAAGAGAACUACAGAAGUGGACCAGCGAGACAGGAGGAAAACCCAGUAGAGAUGUGGAGAAACAAAUCCCCAGAUAAUCAGGGCAAUGACUUCCCCGGAAUGCCGGUCCAACAGAAAGUAUACAAAGGAAAGAGAAAGAACCAGUGUAAAGUUUGUGGGAAAAGCUUCACUCGUAAGUCAAGCCUGAAGGUGCAUCAAAGAAUCCAUACGGGCGAAAAGCCCUACAAAUGCACUGUCUGUAGCAAGGGCUUUUGUGACAAAACAAGCUUUCUGAGACACCAGAGGAUCCACACUGGAGAGAAACCGUAUAAGUGCCCAGAUUGCGGAAAGAGCUUUAACCGGACCACGAACCUUAUUACACACCAGAAAACCCACGUGGAGACACGAGAGAAAACCUUCCACUGCUCUAGCUGCAGCAAAAGUUUUUAUAAUAAAUAUAGCCUUAAGACGCACUGGCGCAGCCACACUGGGGAGAAGCCAUACAAAUGCUCCAGCUGCAGCAAAAGCUUCUGCGACAAAUCCAACCUCGAAGCACACUGGCGAGUGCACACAGGCGAGAGGCCCUUUGAAUGUAUGGAAUGCGGGAAGACCUUUAGUGACCGCAGAACCCUCCUGAGGCAUCAGCGGAUCCAUACCGGGGAGAAGCCGUACAAGUGCUCGGAGUGUGGGAAGAGCUUCAACGAUCUGGCGACACUCCUCCGACACCAGAAGAUCCACACAGGGGAGAAACCGUAUCGAUGCACGGAAUGUGGGAAGAGCUUCAACCAGAGCUCGCAUUUGAUCCGCCACCAGGCCACGCAUGAGCAACGCCAGAAGAGUACCUCGCGUGGUGCCAAAGCGUCAAUCAGAACCAAUAUCUUUCUGGACAUUGGGGAUUACACCCAGGAGAGUUACUACAGAUACACUCACCCUACAGAAACCUUUCACUGGCCACUGUCGUCAUACUCCUCUUCCACAGAUACAGCAGCAGCAGCGGGAGGAGGAGGAGGCAUUACCAAUGUCUGGACUAUUGCAGAGUCUUCUGUUGGAGAUCAAGCCAUCCUAGUUAUGAAAGAACUCCCAGAGGAGCGGACCAUCACCCUGUGAGCUCUUGGUACAUGUGAGCUAUUUCCUUUCUUCCUUUCCACUGAGCCUUCCUGUCAAGCAUUGCAGUCCAGACAAAAGAGGAUUCGGAACAGUCGAUGCUUGCAAAAGUGACUGUGGUUCCAGGACUAAAUUUCUAAACCCCCAAACAUGGCAGUCUUAUAUAAACGGAUCGGCUGGCAGGGACUGGCACAAAACCUUCAUUUGAAAAAAAAAUAGAGAGCAAAGAAUCUCUAGGAUGAUGCCCUUUUAGUUCCAGCUGUGAAUGAUAGGCAUGGUGUCUAUUAUAUUUCACUCCUCAGCCUCCUUGGCUUGGAUCCAUCAUCCGUAUUUAUUGUGGUGAUCUGCUUUUCGAAAGUUCCAGCAGCCAUGUAUGCCUUGGAAAAGGAAAUAAGAUGGAUCAAGGAGUGUUGGAGAAUAUACAACUAUGAAUGAAAGGUUCAAAUGUUCCCUUCCUUAUCCUGUUUAGAUUUACUGAGAUUUGACAACCUGACUAGAAAACCAUCUUCCUGGAAGAAUUGACCGUGGUUUGAAUGCCAUAAAAAUCUUCAUCACCCCUUCCCCCUUUCUCCAUAGAAGACUUUCAAAUUGGGUUAUAUUUAACUUGAAGGGAAGAGACAAAUUAGAAAAGGGUAUCAGUGAUUUGCUCUGAGCAAUACCACAUUUGAAAGAGAGGUUCAAAAGGGUUUGGUGUUUCUUGGAUGUUAAAAAUUUUAGAUGAGGAUGCAGACUUUCAUGUUGAAUUUGCCACAGCAUAUAUUUAAAAAGAUGUCAGGAACAUCAGCAGAACAAAUAUUCUCAUAUCAAGAUGAGAAGAAAUUCACUUUUAAAAAAUAUUUAGGUGGCGGGCAUAUGGAAAUGUACAAGACAGACUCCAAUGUCUUGUACAAAAGAUAAAUUUUGUUUUAAAGUAAACUUACACAGUUCUUUUAAAUCUUAUAUUCCAAGUUAUUUAAUAGUCUAGACUAAAAAUUUAAUAUGGGUCUAGGAACUCUUUGUAUUGAGGAACAGAGAAUGGAUCCCUAUCGUAGAAGUAAGUUUCAGGUGUUCAAUUUUGAAAUAAGAGUCGUCCUCCACUAAAUAUAUUUCUGAAAAUAUACUUCCAAAACCAAGUAUAUAGAUAUUGGUGCAUGUAUAUGAGAAAGUAUGAUAUUUCGCAAGGCACAGACGUGCUUUUUCAUACAUACAUAUUAACGUUGCAGCUGUAGUUCAACAGAAAUUUGAUGUAAAUUUUGAUGCUUGAAUUCUGUGUGGAAAUCAAGAUGCGCCAUUUGCCCUUAAACAGCAGUCACCCCAAGAUGAGGGAGAUUUGGAUUGGGACUGUAAUGCUAGGUGGCUGGGUUAUAUUUUCCUAUUAAGGCUUAAAGUGAUUAGGGUGGUGGUGGUUCUGAUUUGGGAAACAAUGCAGGCAUGUUUAUUUAGAAAUAAGUCACAGCAGUGCAUAUCACAGCAGUGCGUAUCACAUUGGCUGAUCCUGCACUGGGCAGGGUGUUGGACUAGAUGGUCUGUAUGGCCCCUUCCAACUCUAUGAUUCUAUGACCCAUCCAUGGGCUUCAUAGAACUGGACGCCACCACUUCCCCCUCCCAGAUACAGUUCACUGACUACCCCCCCCCCAUUUUGUUCCCGGGGAUCAGUGGCCCUCAUGAACAGCUGUGGGACAAAGUGGGAGUCACUUGAAUGCCAUAUAAGUGUUCAGAACUGUGUGUUUUGAUACAGAGAAGCAAGUCCAGGGAGACGUGUCAAGCUACAGAUGACACUGGAGUGUCAGGAUUGAACCUCCAAACUUGAAUUCCCCCCCCCCCCCCAGCAACACAAUCCUAAUCAAAUGGGCAGGAGGGAAAUUGUGGCUGCUCUUUAGAGUUAAAUUACAGGCCUGCAGUUUUACCUGUAGCUUACCCAAAGUCUCAUUUGACUUUGACAUUCGCUGUCACUUACUUUUGAGUAAGCACAUCUGGGAUGAGGCUGUUUGGAACACCUGUGUGUUAUGUGCCAUCAAGUCGCCUCCUGUCUAUGGCAACCCUAUGAAGGAAAGACUUCCCAAACGUCCAGAUCCUGCCAACUGGAGGACGUGACUUCUUUUAUUGAGUCAAGCCAUCUUGUUUUAGGUCUUCCUCUUUUCCUACCGUUUUCUACUUUUCCUAGCAUUAUUGAUUUUUCCAGAGAAUCUUGCCUUCUCAUGAUGUGACCAAAGUAUGAUAGGCUUAGUUUUGUCAUCAUAGACUUACAGUGAAAUCCUAAGCAGAGUUACUCCAGUCUAAGCCAACUGAAAAUCAAUGGGCUUAGACUGGAGUAACUCUGCUUAGGAUUUCAUUGUUAAUGAUAACCCUGAAUAUGCUUAUUUAGAAGUAAAUUCCACUAAAAUCUGUGGGAUUUAUUGCUGAGUAAACGUAGUUAGGAGCAGACUGAAAGUAUGCUUAAUUCUGCAUUGGAUUGUGACCGUUGGGAAACGUAACUAAAAAAACAUAGAUUCUGGGAAAUUACCUUACCUGGAAUUUUUUAAAAAAUGGGACUUGGUUCACACAUGCAGAAUGAGAUGGGGGGGUGGUAGAAUGGGAUGUACCACUUCUGACUGAAGGGGAUACAGUCCGGUAUUUAAUGUCUCUUUGUAUAAUAAAACUCCCCGCAAGCAGACAACCAGCACAGGAGGAAGAAAAGUCUCAUCUAUCUCUGUCAGCUCACUAAGCUGGCUUUUCUCUUUGGAGAGAACUUUUGACAUAGGGAAGUGUUCCCACCUGGAAUCCUCCUCUGCCUGCUGUCUGUGCAGCGCGUUCUACCCUCCACUCUCUCUGCCUCUUUCUUCUCUCUGUGAACCAGGCCUCAUGGGGGAUUCCAUACACCCAAGAAUUGUGGGAUUGCAAACAGGCCUUGGAGGAAAUGAUCACUGACACUAGUGAUGUCUUCGAUAGAAAACUUAAAAGGAAGAAACAGCGGGUGUGGCCGACUGCUAAGCUGCAGAGCUGAGUUUCAGCGUAUUAACUCUAAGGAGACUGACUGGUGCUUUUUUUUGUAGAUCAGGGCAAUUUUCUUUUUUUAAAAAAAAGCAUGAAAACAUGAUUAUUUGACACUGCUCCGGAGUGUAGGAUGGUUGCCCCUUUGAUGGGGGUGCUUACUUUCUUACCUUUCACUUUUAAGUUCUCAACUUGUAAUAUAGGCUAGAUCAAAGCUAACGGGAUGGGGGACAAGGGGGAGGGAAUGCAUGAGAUGUUUUUGAAUAGUACUAAAGGGCAGAGGAGCACAAAUAAAGGGUCUCUGAGGUGUGUAUUCUCUUCCAUGAAAACCUUAUGAAUUAGAUUAAGCUUGUGAACACUGCAAAAUCUUACAACUGUUAAAUAAACUUCCUGCAAUUAAAAAAAAAUUGCAAAUAUACAAGGGGCUAUAACGCAUGACCUUAUGAACUAUUUAUGAAUUCUUUUACCAACAGGAAUAUCUAGGGUAGGAGCAGGGGAAGGUAGAUUUGAAAAUCAAUUCCUUUCUUCAAAAUUCUGUAACCUUCCACGGCUGUCAUACUAAAUGUUGACAUUUAUUUACAGAAAUACUGGAGAACAAUCAAGAUGGGUAGCCGUGUUAGUCUGUCUGUAGCAGUAGAAAAGGGCAAGAGUCCAG